AUGUCCCUGGAACUGGUAGAUAAGUCAAUAGUGCACUCUAGGGGUAUAGUUGAAAACCUCUUGGUUAAGGUGGACAACCUCAUAUAUCCUGCUGACUUUGUGAUUCUAGAAUCAGAUGAGGAUGAUGGAGACUCUGUUAUACUAGGAAGGCCAUUUUUGGCAACUGCAAGAGCCAUCAUAGACAUAGAAAAAGGGGAGUUAAUUCUCAGAAUGCAUGAUCAGAAUGUCAUUCUGAAGGUCCUACCAGAGGAACAGUUUAGUGAAAAGAAGAAAGACUAUGUGGACAUUGAUAAGGGAGGAUCACAGCUGAAGGAAGAAAUUGACAAGGAAAAUCACAGCAACACCCUAAAGCCAAGGAUUAUGCAAAUCAAUGAAGAAGCCCAAGAAGAUAUUGAAAUACUAGCUACUGAGAAGAGACAUCCUCAAAAGAAGCCCAUGGCCAGAAAAGAAAGGUCAACAAAAGGAAAGAUGAAACACAGGAGCAAAACAAAAAGGGGUUGGAAGAACAGAAAAAUCCCAACAGAAGGAUUUGCCAAAGGUGACAAGGUACAACUUGUGUAUCAACAAUUGUGA